GGGAAGAAGAAUCCAGCCAAGCCAGCCACGAUUCUCUCUUCCGGGGCAGCAAAAUUAGAGCCGCGAGAGUGACGGCCACCUUCCCCAAACGCAGCAGGAUUUCCGUCCACCGACAAGAGAUAGGGAUAGGAACAGGAUUGAUUUCAUUUCAUUUCAUUUCCCACGACGCGUUGGAGUGAUUUUGUCGCGGUUAAUGCUAUCCCGAUUUGCUCUCUCCACGCGGGGCCGCUGAUCGAGCGCCCGCGGAGCCUCCUCCCCCGUUGAUUCCGGCGCAGCAGCCUCUUGUCAUCAAAUCCCCAGCAAAGCAAGCCAACCCUCCCGCACUCCCCCGGCCGCCUCCCUCGGUGACACCCUCUCGCACGCACUCCCUCGCUCCUCUGCGCGUUCUUGCGUCUUCCGCCGGCCGGCGCCGGGAUGGGCUGCUUCGGAUGCUUUGGCCCACGUGCGGGCGGUGGAAGCGCCGCCCGCAAGCCUUCCAGGCUCGUCAACCACUGCACCGACGACUCCUCAGUCGUCGACGCGCGGAGGAAGGUGGCGCCGGACGUGGGGAACGGCUGCGCGCACAGCUUCACCUUCAAGGAUCUGCUCGUGGCCACCGGGUACUUCAACCAGGCCAACUUCAUCGGCCAAGGCGGCUUCGGCAAGGUGUACAAGGGCAAGAUCUCCAGGACCAACGCGCAGGGCGUUUCCGAUACACAGGUGGUGGCGGUGAAGCAGCUCGGCCGGGAGAGCCUGCAGGGCAGCGCCGAGUUCCUGGUGGAGGUGCUGCUGCUCACCAUGCUCAGCCAUCCCAACCUCGUCAGCCUCGUCGGCUUCUGCGCGCAGGGGGACGAGAGGCUUCUCGUCUACGAGUACAUGCCUUUCGGCAGUCUCGAGAGCCACCUGUUUGAUGUGCCUGUUGGUAAGCAGCCACUUGACUGGAAUACUCGUGUGAAGAUAGCUGUUGGAGUAGCAGACGGGCUAUGGUAUUUGCACAAUGUGGCAGAUCCACCGAUCAUUUAUCGCGAUAUGAAAGCUGCCAAUAUUCUGUUGGAUGAGGAUUUCAAUCCAAAGCUUUCUGAUUUUGGACUCGCAAAAGUUGGACCUGUUGGUGACAGAACUCACGUCUCUACCAGGGUUAUGGGUACCUUUGGAUACUGCGCCCCUGAUUAUGCGGUGUCUGGGAAGCUUACCCUGAAAUCUGACAUAUAUAGCUUCGGUGUUCUUCUGUUGGAACUGAUCACUGGGAGAAGCAUUUAUGAUGCAUCAAGGCCUAAACCAGAGCGGGAUUUACUAACAUUGGCAAGACCGUGUAUGCUUAACAAGAGGAAAUACCACAGGCUUGCUGAUCCAGCUCUUCAGGGCGCCUACCCACCAUUGGCGUUCAACCAGUUAGUCGUAAUCAGCAGCAUGUGCCUGCAGGAACAGCCCCAGUUCCGCCCGAUCAUCAACGACAUUGUAGUAGGCCUUAACCAUAUUGCAAGCCAGCCGUAUGUCUCAUCUAUGAGUUCCCCAGCUUACUGCGGUUCACCACAGUUCGACCGCACGCCGUCCAGAAGACGAGGCGGCAGAAGGGCUGCACAGUAUUCUUCAUAGCCUAGAGCAUGGUGAGAGAUGUGUAGGUCGUUGAACUUGAAACUGUCAAAUGUCGUAAGAGUCAAUGGCUUCGCGGUUCUAAGACCUGGUCUUAAAAGACUGAGAGGUGUACGAGAGUAGUUGGAGCUGACGAUGACUGUUGUUUUUUUCGUGUUCUUCAUUGGUCUUAGUUCAUAAAUUGUGUGUCCUGUGUACAUAUGGUCGGUGGUGCCUUGCAUGCAUGAUGUAGUCCUGAGAAGAAGGUAGGGGAGCAGCAAUGAUGUGCUGUUCGGUUUAUUGGUCAGGUUAUUUAUUGUUUCAUGUACAAACUUGUCAGGGCUUGCUGCAUGUUGGCAUCUCUUAGAGAAUGAAUAAAUUUGUCAGUUAUGAUCUGAUAGCAUUACUUGGCUAAAGACACAGCCAGAAAGUUAACUUUGUUGUUCA